CCCAGCGGCUUUGCGUUGCAGAAGACAUCUGUAAACGCAAGAGCAGAAGCGGAACAAAUGACUACAAAUCUUUAUAAAACUCAGAACUAAAGACUUACACUUAGAUACCAAACUUCCUCGUUAAACUCGGCAUCUCAGACGGAAGCUUUCCGUGAAUCCCUCCAGACCGCGGAACACUACCCCGCGUCCGAGGAACCAUCAAGGUACAAGCCGAGAGGUGGAGAUAUACUCUACCAAAUACAUUACCCUGAAUUUUGAGAUUGAAUCUAUCCCUCGAGCGAUCAUGGCAGCCACAAAAGUAGCUCUAAUAACAGCCAGUUCGGCGGGCCUAGGCGCCCAAAUCGCGCGCGUCUUCGCGCCAGAUUUCCGAGUCGUCAUAAACUACUCCUCGAACUCAGAGCGUGCGCAAUCCCUCCUCAAAGAGCUGUUCUCCCUGCCAGGCAGCUCCUCCCAAGCAAGCCCACGCAUCCACGUCAUCCAAGCCGACAUGUCCUCGAAGCCAUCCGUAGAGAAUCUCGUCAAAGAAACGCUCAGCGUAAUGGGCCGCCUGGACGUUGUCGUGUCGAACGCAGGCUGGACGCGCAUGACGACCUUCACGGACAUCGAGCAGCAGGUCAACGAGGAGGAUUGGGAUAGAUGCUUCGUCAUGAACGUCAAGACACACCUGUGGCUUGCGUACGCGGCGAAAGACGCGCUGGCCGAAACAGAGGGGACGUUUAUUUCUACGGCGAGUGUGGCGGGCGUCAAGCCGUCGGGGUCCAGCGUGCCGUAUGCGGUUACCAAGGCGGCGCAGAUUCAUCUCAUGAAGAGUUUGGCUGUUAUACUCGCGCCGAAGAUUAGGGUGAAUGCUGUGAGUCCCGGGUUGAUGCUGACGGAGUGGGGGCUCAAGUUUCCUGAGGCGAAGAGGAACGCGGCGGUUAAUAAUACCAAGUUGAAGAGGUUGGCGACGGUGGAGGAUGUUGCGGAUCAGGUUAGGACGUUGGCGUUGAGUCGAAGUAUUACUGGGCAGAAUAUCUCUAUUGAUGGGGGGUCGUCGUUGUAGGGUGAAUGAGAGACGCAUGCCCGUCCGGGGAAGGGGUUGAAUAUUAGUUAGAAAUCAACCCAAAACUUCUGUUCUAUCAAAAUAGCUA